CAGUUCUCCGUUGAAGUCUGCUCAUUAAGAGUUCAUAAAUUCAUCCCCGCGUGUUAAGUUGUUUCUUCAAUAGCUCAGUCAAUUAUAAAAAAAACUUAGGCGAGAAAUUACAGGGAAUAAAAAUCCUUUUCACUUUAACAGAAGCCGAAUUGGUCGUCGAAUUAAAGUACAGAAUAGAAUAGAAGACAGACAGAUGCGCAGAGAACCGAGUUCCUGGCUGUGACGCUGGUGUCAGUGAAGGAGGGACUGUGAAGGAGGGACAGUGAAGGAGGGACUGUGAAGAAGGGACUGUGAAGGAGGAGGAUUCUGAGCAACCAUAAAAAUGGUGUCCGUGUCCCGAGGCAAGGAGUGCAACCAGCCAACUGACGGCCGCCACCUUCUUUCUGUUCUCUCAGGACUGUGCUGAGGACGGGAGGUGUUCUCAUUGUGUCACAAGAUCGUGGAAACCAGUCUGAACUUUGACCCAGCUGACAUCCGAAGACUGAGAUGUGUCUUUGCCGGUGUCCCUCGUGUAAACGUGCAACAUCAGAAUUGUGUGUGCUGCCAGACUUGUUAUCUGGGUAAAUAUGAGUGUCUUGUACAUCCUCUAGCAUCCUCCUGACUUCUUACUGAGCUGAAGCUGCAAAACGGAAACAAAAUGAAAUUUCAGCUGUGGAAUAGCAUCUUCGUCGUCUUCUUUUUCUUCAGACAAUUUUGCCAUGGAGGCAUCUUCUGCUCUCAGUGCCACCUGGCGGACUAUUCACGAUGUGAGGAACAGCCUCCUGCUGCCGAACCCUGCUUUGACCCUGGCAACGGUAUCCUGGAGACCUGUGCCAUCAUUCGCAUCUUUAGAAACAGCACAGGGGAACUAAUCGACUUCCGGCGGUCAUGCUCUACGACACAGGAGAGCGGGUGUUACCGGGACCUGGAGGGCAACCGUGUGUGCGCUGAGAUCUGCUUCACUGACCACUGCAACGCGCCGCACGCAGCCUGCACCCGCCACCCGCUGCACCCGACCCUCAUCACUGGCGCGGCGCUGCUUGCUCUCUGGCUUCGGUGCUGACCCCUGCAGGUUCGCUUCCUGUCGACGAUGUCUCUCUGUCUCUCACAGCACCACACAAGAUCUCAGUUAUUACACUAACAAUCUGCUUGUGUACCGGGAGUGCGCAAGCCGCCAUGAAACAGGUUCCACGUGGGUGUGACUGUUAAAAAUAAAAACUCAAACUUUGUUGUUGUAAGCGGUCUGUCGUCCCGGUGGAAGCGAUCCAGCGAAGGUAAAGUUUGAAAGAGAUCAGGCUAUUGUGUCAAAUGUCAGGUGAAUGGACGACACCUUUCUCUGUCCAAGGUGUCCCAGACCUUAAUGUUUGCACGUGGCAGCCAUGUUGUGUGUGGUUGUGGAGGUGGUUGUCAAGCAACAUCAGCAACUCUUUCAGCACCACUGCCCCGCUGCUUGAAAUGAUGGAUCGCACUGUUGGCUGGCCAGGACAUGAACAUCGGUUCAAAGAAUGUUUUCUGAGGGCUGUACACACCAACUAGUGUGCGUGCGUGCGUGCGUGCGUUAGUGUGUGUGUGUGUGGUGUGUGUGUGUGUGUGUGUGUGUGUGUGUGUGUGUGUGUGUGUGUGCGUGCGUUAGUGUGUGUGUGUGUGUUUAGGAGAGUAUGAUGGUGUCAGUGUUCGUGUCAGGAGACAACACUCUCCUGUGUAUGUAGAUGUGCCUGUCGUGUGUCGCACGUGCCGUCACUGUCGUGUCUGUGUACGUGUGUCGGUCUGUGUGUUCGUUAGGUGCUGAAUGUUGUGUAUGUGCGCACGUGACUUUAAUGCCAGCCUGAAUGUACAAUCGUCCUAUGUGCUGCUUCCAUCGUGUUGUUCAGAUGUUGUAUUAUUUCUGUGAUGAUCUGAAAUAAACUUGUG